AUUGUACAUAGUUGAUAGUUCUCGAAGUAUCUACAAAUAGAGGUAGACCAUAUUUUACGUUGAAUUCUGUGUUUAACUUUUCUUUCUCCCUUUUCCCUUCUCUUUUUGCAACACACCCCUCAGGGCUUAAGUUCCUAGUCCACCCAAAAGAAGGAACGGGCAGAGAAGUCAAUUUUUUAAAAGGUAGUUGGCCGCUUUAACGGUAACUGGGGAGGCUGCCUGUUGAGGAGGUGCAGUAAAAAGGUAGGUGACACGUGGACGGUGGAGAUCAAGCUGAAAAAGCCGGUUGAUAAUAUGUAAAGUUAUAAAACUUAUAGGUCGUUUGGAUGAGGAAUUCUAAUGGAUCAAUCUGACAUAAUUGUCUCGUUUUGAGUCAAUUGUGCUACAUUGAUCCGUUUGGCAGCAGAAAAUUUGGAUAAAGCAAUUUGGGUUGGGGAAUUCUGAAUUGACUCAUUUUGAGCCAAUUACAAUUGUCUGGGGUGGGGGCAGGUAAUCUGAAUUGACUCGUUUUAAAUGACUCGUUUUGUAAAAUAAAACAAUUGGUCAAAUUGUCUCGUUUUACAAUUGAUCCAUCCAAACGACCCCUUAGUAGAAUAAUCGCUGGAAGGAUGGUCGUGUAUUAUUCGAUCUGAAUUGUAUUGAAGCUGAUAAUAUUCAAUUCAAAAUAGUGUGGGAUGGGGGACAUGAUAUGGAUAUUAUUUUGGUUUAAUACACUGGCAUAGCCAUAACUUUCGCGGUUUUGACAAUAAUAGUCACUUUUUGAAAAAUACACUAAAAUAGCCAUUUUGUCCAUAAUGUUAACAACAUUGAGAUAGACGCUGACUGGACUAACGAUUUUCUAUGAGGUGGCAACUUUUUCUCAAAAGCUUUGCCACGUGAAAAUAUCCUUUAUAUUACAAUUAAUUAGAAAACAAUAAAUAAAUAAAUAAAAUAAAGUAAAACAAAAUAAAAUAAAAUAAAAUAAAGACUCAUCAUCUUCCCCCUUUUCACGAAGCUUCGUACCGCCACCUCCAUACCCAAGCUCCGCCACCAUUCCCUCCACCUCCUUUCCUUCAUCCUCCCUCUUAUUUCUCUGUUUAAUCACAAUUUCCAUGUGGAUGCUACACAAUCAUCGAUCCAGACCUGCUUACUUGCUCUAUAGACGAGGUUGAAGAAGAAUUUGGGUUUCCUUUGCACGAGUAGCAGCGGGAUUGAAAGUUCUUCUCCGCCGGCGCCAUUGGGUAACUCGAAGAACGAGAACGAGCGGGAUCAAGCAUUGCCUUCCUUUUUCCAAUCCAUUUUGUCUCGCUGCCCACUCAAAGUUUCAUUAGAAAAACCAAAUCCCCCUCCUUCUUCCGACUUCAUAUCUGAACUCCCAAAUUAAUUUGAAUCCCAAAAACCCUAGUAGGAAAAGAAGGAAGAAGGGGAAGGAAGAGACCGGGAGGUGACCAGCACCUGAUUCCUCGGACACUCCACGACUAACUCGAGCGAUGAGUUGCCGGUCAGUCGCCGACGCCGCGUUCGACAAAGGAGACGAUGACCGGCCGACGGGGAUCCCACUUGGUGCACUCGAGCCGUCCAAUCGUCGUUGCCGCUUCAUCCACCAUUCUCCUCUGUUCGUCAUUCGGCUCGGAGUGAAACAGGUCAGAGAGAACGAGAGCCACUCCGCAACGUCGAUUGUCGAAACCCCAACCACCGCCAAUGCUCGGCUGGCUCCGACACCGAUUUUCAGAUCUGGUCGUGGUCUUAGAGGCACGGGUCUGCGGCCGCAUAUCGUCUCCAGAUCUGCCACCGCCUUUUCCAAUCUCCUUCACCGAGAACUCCACAGCUCACCAGAGAGAUUGAGAUCAUCGUAGACCUCCGGCCCGCCGCUACCCCUUAUCAAAUCUGCGUCAAAAUCGAGACUUUUUCAAUUUUUGCUUUCUUGCUUGAUAGAAUGUGAGAUUCGAAAUUGUAGGGUUUCUAUGCUGUUUGAAGUGGGUUGAAUUAGUCGUCUGAGGUGGAUUUAUUGGUGAUGAGUUCAGUGGGAAUUCUUAUCGUCAGAGGUGAAUUUUGGCAUUUGGAUUUUUCUCGUCAGUGGACAAACUUAUCUAGGCAAGGUAAGGAAGGUUCUUGAUAUGGUGUUCGCUUUGUAGGAGAUGAGAGACACUUAAAAGAGCUAAUUUUGUCAGUCGAUUUUGUGUUUGCAAUCGCAGAAUUGGGUCCAGCCACCGCCGACGCCGAGGUCGUCGGGACUCCCCGUCGAGAAGGAGUUUAUUUAUAUUUUUUUGAAAUUAUUUGGAGUUUAUUUAUAUUUUUUUCAAAAUAAGAGGUGGCAUCCACGUGGCAUAACGAGUCUAGUUGGAGCUGAUGUUUCGUCUAGGUGGCAUCCACAUCAGAUUAACAUCCAUUUAACUGACGACAUUUCUAAAGUUGUCAACCUAGUUUCAAAAGCAUGGCUAUAUUUGUGUAUUUUUUGAAAUUUGGCUAUUAUUGUCAAAACCGCGAAAGUUAUGGCAUAUGCCAGUGUAUUAAACCUAUUAUUUUCAUCCUUCUCUGUUUCGUUCAGUUCGUGCCUUAUUUGAUCUCGAUUUAUCUCAAUAUUUAUUUAUAUUUUUGCUAUCUUGACUUACAUUAACUCAAAUUUUCUCUAAUUAAUUGGACUCAAUUAAUUCACACAUAAUCUAUUAAUGAGUAUGAAUAUUGAGGUACCCAUUCGACUUAUUGCCAUGAGAGAGAGAUAGGGUUUGUGUGGGGCUUUUCACGUGGACAUGAUUGGAGGCUUCUGAUUUCGAUUGUUUUGUAGUGUCACAUUUUCUAGGUCUCUCAACAUACGUCUACUUCUUUCAGAGUGAGCUCAGCUGGAAUUUCUGUUUUUCUCCCCCGAGAAAGUGAAUGGACCCUCUACAAAUUUUGGCUACACAUGUGUUAUGAUGAGAAUGAGAUGGCAGUUGUGGAGAGGAUGAUUGGCCAACAAUAAUUAACCAUCGUGGUAUUUCUAAAGUUUGAUUAUUUUCAUAUUUGCCGACUGGCUACCAGUAAUUGCUAAAUAAAGAGAAUAUACGACAUAACAUGGUUCAUCAAAUUAUGUAAGCAGUUUAAGGUUGUCAAUUCACAGGUAGGUUGUUUAUGGGAGUGAUCCGGUUUGAUAUGGACCAAGUGAGAAAAACAAGUAUCACUCAUUCGAGUGUCGAUCCGUUGCAAGAUUCCUUUUUGGUUUGUCAAUUGCGUAUAUUUUUUUGUUUUCUUCUUCGUCUAGCCCUAUAUUUGGAUUUCUGAGUUGAAUAUUUGGAUAUUGAUGUUAUAUGAGUGUGUUUUGAAUUUUCACUGUGUUGGAUCCAACUAUGAUAUGUUAUUUUGUUAAUUACCAUAUUUAGAUGACAUUUGACACAAUUUAAUUGACAAAGGAACUGCCUUAAGUGUUCAUGUCAACGGAGCAACUCUAGGUCAAAAGUUCAAUGCGCUUGGAGAACCUAUUGAUAAUUUAGGUCCGGUAGAUACUUGCACAACAUCCCCUAUUCAUAGAGCUGCACCCGCCUUUAUACAAUUAAAUGCAUGAAAAAUAUAAUGACUUUUUCAUAUAUCCAAGCUAAAGCGAUUGGACCAUUACCAAUCAACUCACUUGCUCGAUCAUGCUAAUGAACUAAACCAAGUUCA